CCCGUUGCGCUGUCGUCACUGGGCCACGAGGCCACCAGCAAACAGGUCCUCGGCAAUCUACAAACAUGCAGUCUCGGUCAUGGUCAAGCGAGUCUGCUGCAAACUGCCUUCCUCGAAUUGACAGACAGCAACAACGCUAACAAGACAGCAACUACCCGCACCAUGGUCGACAGCAACAACGGAGUGACGGGAGCAGUGACGACUGUGACCGGCACGGUCGGAACCGUUGUCGGUGGUGUCAGUCGAACCGUCGGCGGCGUGGUCGGUGCUCUCGGGCGGGGCGUUGGCGACACAAUCAAUAACACCACAGGGACCAAAGCCGUUGGCGAUGGUUUGCAAGGCAUCACAAACGGUGUUGAAGAUGGUGCGGCAAAAAUUGCCAAAGGCGUCGAAGACGGCAGCAAGGGCAAGAAAGUGUUUUGAUUUGCUCUCUGGUCACAUGGCGGCUCUUCCUCAUUUGUCAAGCUUGGUUGGGUCUAUGCCCUCCCACUUGGUACCAGGAGUAGGACAAUGUUGUUGCGGAUGAGAUAUUCCGUUGUUAAUAUGCACACUAUAGAAUGAAAUCCCCUUGUAAC